ACGAGCGCGUGCGCACGUCAGCGCGCGCCCGCGACGCCAGCGAGCAGGCCCCGCCCCUCCACCCUGCUUGGCCCCGCCCCACCCCGUCGGCCCGCUUUCCUCCUGCUACCCUCGGGGCGCGCGGACACCCGGCAUCCUCGCGCGCUCCGUGGCUAUGGAGAUUCCCGGGAGCCUGUGCAAGAAAGUCAAGCUGAGCAACAACGCGCAGAACUGGGGGAUGCAGAGAGCAACUAAUGUCACCUAUCAAGCCCACCAUGUCAGUAGGAACAAGAGAGGUCAGGUGGUGGGGACCAGAGGUGGCUUUCGUGGUUGCACAGUGUGGCUAACAGGACUGUCUGGAGCAGGGAAGACUACAGUGAGCAUGGCUUUGGAGGAGUGCUUGGUUUGCCAUGGCAUUCCAUGCUACACUUUGGAUGGUGACAAUAUUCGUCAAGGUCUGAAUAAAAACCUCGGUUUUAGUCCUGAAGACAGAGAAGAGAAUGUUCGACGCAUUGCGGAAGUCGCUAAGCUAUUUGCAGAUGCUGGCUUAGUGUGUAUCACAAGUUUUAUAUCACCAUACACUCAGGAUCGCAACAAUGCAAGGCAGAUUCAUGAGGGUGCAAGUUUACCUUUUUUUGAAGUGUUUGUUGAUGCUCCUCUGCAUGUUUGUGAACAGAGGGAUGUCAAAGGACUGUACAAAAAAGCACGAGCAGGAGAAAUUAAAGGUUUCACUGGGAUUGAUUCUGAGUAUGAAAAGCCGGAAGCCCCAGAGUUGGUGCUGAAAACAGACUCCUGUGAUGUUAAUGACUGCGUCCAGCAAGUUGUGGAGCUUCUCCAGGAACGGGAUAUUGUACCUGUGGAUGCCUCUUACGAAGUAAAAGAGCUGUACGUGCCAGAAAAUAAACUUCAUUUGGCUAAAACAGAUGCAGAGACAUUACCAGCACUGAAAAUUAAUAAAGUGGAUAUGCAAUGGGUGCAGGUCUUGGCAGAAGGUUGGGCGACCCCCCUAAAUGGCUUCAUGAGAGAGAGGGAGUACUUGCAGUGCCUCCAUUUUGAUUGUCUGCUGGAUGGGGGUGUCAUCAACUUGUCAGUGCCUAUAGUUCUGACAGCUACUCACGAGGACAAAGAGAGGCUGGAUGGCUGUACAGCGUUUGCUCUCAUGUAUGAGGGCCGCCGUGUGGCUAUUCUUCGAAACCCAGAAUUUUUUGAGCACAGGAAAGAGGAACGUUGUGCCAGACAGUGGGGAACCACGUGCAAAAACCACCCCUACAUUAAGAUGGUUAUGGAACAAGGAAAUUGGCUGAUUGGAGGAGAUCUUCAAGUCCUGGACCGAAUUUACUGGAAUGAUGGUCUUGAUCAAUAUCGCCUUACUCCUGCUGAGCUCAAGCAGAAAUUUAAAGAUAUGAAUGCUGAUGCUGUCUUUGCGUUUCAGUUACGCAACCCUGUGCACAACGGACAUGCUCUGUUAAUGCAGGAUACUCAUAAGCAACUUCUGGAGAGGGGCUACCGGCGCCCUGUACUCCUCCUUCAUCCUCUUGGUGGCUGGACAAAGGAUGAUGAUGUUCCUUUGAUGUGGCGUAUGAAGCAGCAUGCGGCUGUGCUGGAGGAAGGAAUUCUGAAUCCUGAAACAACAGUGGUGGCCAUUUUCCCAUCUCCCAUGAUGUAUGCUGGGCCAACCGAGGUCCAGUGGCAUUGCAGAGCACGGAUGGUUGCAGGAGCCAACUUUUACAUUGUUGGACGGGAUCCCGCUGGCAUGCCUCAUCCAGAAACAGGGAAGGAUCUCUAUGAGCCAACCCACGGCGCCAAAGUGCUGACGAUGGCCCCUGGCCUAAUCACUUUGGAAAUAGUUCCUUUUCGAGUUGCAGCUUACAACAAGAAGAAGAAGAGUAUGGACUACUACGACUCUGAACACCAUGAAGACUUUGAAUUUAUUUCAGGAACACGAAUGCGCAAACUUGCCCGCGAAGGCCAGAAACCUCCUGAAGGUUUCAUGGCUCCCAAGGCCUGGACCGUGCUGGUGGAAUACUACAAGUCCUUGGAGAAAGCUUGAGCUGCUAGCCCCUCACUCCAUCCGUGACAUCACUGAGCAACAGAAGGGACCACAUAGUGACUGUUGGCAUUUCUUUGUGCUUGUGCCUGUCUGGACACGCUUCCUAAGAACAAACCAUUUUCCUUAACUUGCAUCAGUUUUGGUCUGCCUUACAAGCUCUGUUUUGAACUAGUGUUUGAUGUGUCUUUUCAACAUACAGCUAAUAUUCUUACAGUACCAUUUUAAAACCUUGUCUUUUUAUAUUAUAUUUAUGCUUCUGUCUUAUGAUUUUUUCAAGGUGUUGUCUUUGUUGUAACCAAUAAUACACACAUUGAAUCUUACUCUUCAUCCCUCAAGAUGGAAAAAAAAAAAAUCCCUAAACAAUAAUCUGGGCUAGACCUUGUUUGGGGAAUUUUACAAGACAUCUGUAGCAAUUAGGUUUUUUUCUACAUUGAAAAUGUAAAUGGCUUCCUCUCUGCCUUCCAGUCAGCUAUUGAUCUUUUAGCUCUUAUAAUCUAAAGUGUUCUUACGUCAGCUCUGGAUGAAUUUCUUUAUUCAAUAAAAUUAAUUUCUUGCCUUCUUA